AUGUAUUUGUAUAAACAAUAUCUUCUACGUGCUGUAUGUGUUUGCCCCCUGAGAGAGAUAGCCAACCCUGGGGCUAGUGGCAGCGCCUUCUACUUCUCACAUAACAAUGAAUUCAUCAUCAAAACUGUUUCAAUCAAAGAGGCCAAGUUUUUAGUGCAGUUGUUGCCUCAGUAUUUUAUGAAUAUUCAGGAAAACAAGCAAACUUUGCUCCCCAAAUUUUAUGGGCUUUAUCAAUACAAGAGUGGAUGUAAAACUAUAACUUUUGUCAUCAUGAACAACUGGCUCCCAAGUUCCCUGUCUCUACAAGAGAAAUAUGACAUCAAAGGCAGCACUUAUGGUAGGAAAGCUUCAGUAAAGGAGUGCCAGAAAUCCUCACCUACAUUUAAAGAUCUGGAUUUACUAGAGCACCAUGCUAAAGGAUUUUUGUUGGAUAAAGAAAUUUACAAAGCUUUGAUACAGACAUUAACAAGAGAUUGUCGGGUGCUGGAGAGCUUCAAAAUUAUGGACUACAGUUUAUUGAUAGGUGUUUACAAAACAGAUGGAUCUUUUGGGUCUUUUCAUGGGGAUUUAACGGAUGGAACAGAUGGCUGGGAGGAUGUUGAUGAGUGUGUUAUCCAUGAAUCUACGAAUGCAGUUUUCUUAACACAAAACGGAACAAUUAGCUCACUUACAGCAGAAGGACGUUCAAGUAUUAACCCUUUAGCAUCUAGGAACAGAAUCAGCUUGUUUUCAACACCUCUUGAAGCCAUUGCAUUGGACUGCAACCUGGAUUUUACUGAUGGUCAGGAAGAACCUCAGGACAUUCCGCCUGGGGGUAUCCCUGCCCUGAAUGCUGAUGGUGAGCAGGUAUUUAUUUUUCUUGGCAUCAUCGACAUCCUGCAGUCAUAUGGGGUCAAAAAGAGGCUGGAGUAUUUCUUUAAAUCACUCUAUUCAAAUAGGAACACAAUAUCAGUGAAUCCUCCAGACAAAUACAAGUCCAGAUUUUUGACAUUUCAAACCAAAGUGUUUACAUAUGACCAGCAAGGUGAUUAG